CAGCUUCGUCCUGAUACGGGAAUGACAUUGCGUGACUCUCCCGCCCUGGAGCGUUUUAUUCAACAUCGCAACCCCCCAGGAAUAUGCAAAACGCCCGACCAAUUUCCACCUGCUAUUACAUGAUAUUCUCUUGUAUUUGGCACACACCCUCUGUUUUUACUCCGGAUGAAGCCGCAGCCCAGCAGACUCCCGAUCGAACGCAAAGAUGUGCGGAAUCCCGCAAGUUCAAGACCAUCGGGAGUAUAAAAGACGGUGACAUCCGGACGAUCUUCCAGCCAGUCUUUGCCAGUCUUCCGUGCAAGCUACAGCACGCCAUUCGGUUAGAAAUGUCGAGACUUUUUCUGUUGAUUUCAAUUUCUUUGGUGUUAAAUUCGAGCUGGGCUUGUGACGACAAUGAAGAAGAAUUAUUAGCUGGUGGCAGAGAAGACCCGGAAGAUUACUACGCCUAUGCUUAUGGAUUCACUCCGGAAACGUGGAGAGCACUUUACCAGCAACCUACUCCUCGCGCCCGUGUUCCAGAAUAUUCCGGGCUGUACGAAGGGCGAACUCCAAGCAGACUUCACACGUUCACAAACCCGUUGAAAUCUAUUAAAAAAAAUGCUGACAAAGAACAUCGUCAGCCAGAAGGCCGUUUCUCUCUCGGUGGUUUGGGUGCCAAUUUGAUCAACACGGGCUUCUUCAACAGUCGAUUUACCCCGACGAAUACCUGGAAACCGUUCCAGAAUCUGGCCAGCCGGAUUCCCAUUUCCUACAAUCCCAAUGCCGACAGUCCGUUUGACACUUUCGAAUCCUGCAUGUCGCCCAAUGGAGACGCUGGGAUUUGUGCUCCAGGAUCGGUCUGUUCCCUGUUUGGUGGCCGUCCAAGUGGCUCCUGCAUCCUCGGGAAAGUCUGUUGCAUCAACACAAUCAACAAAUGCGGAGGAACAGUCACGCUCAACAACACGUACUGGCAAUCUCCGACUUUCCCCAUCAACGUUCCGACAACUUGUUCGUUAUCUGUCAGGACGGACACUCAGCUCACGGAACAAUUAAAGAAACCCAUUUGCCAAAUCCGAUUGGAUUUCAUUACAUUCACGACCGCUCAGCCGACAGCCGGAACUUGCACCGAUACGUUUAAAGUUGGCCAAACCAAUUCCAAAGUCCCGACUAUUUGCGGUGACAACGGCGGGCAACAUAUGUACCUUGACAUCCCUUCAUCGGCCGUUACCCCGAGCAAUGUCCAGCUCAUGUUCACUUUUUCAGAGGAAACAGCCGUUCGAUCGUGGAACAUAAAAAUCGCCCUGCUCCCGUGUGGCGCCUUUUACCUUGCCCCAGUGGAUUGCCUUCAAUAUUUCACAGCCGCAACUGGGCGUGUCCGUUCGUUCAACUGGCUGGACACCAACAGCACCACAAUUCGCCAACUUAAUAACCAAAACUACAACAUUUGCUUCAGGACCGAACUCAUCGCAGGACUAACGGCGUCUGAGCUCUGCUUGUCGGUGUGUUCCGUCACCCAUGGCGACGCAUUUUCCAUUACAACGCCAAUCAGUGGAGCGAUCGCCGAUGCGACCACUGCCGUCACCACAGCCCAAGCGAAUCUGGCCACAGCGCAAGCCGUUCAAGCCGCUGCGGCCGCUGCGUUUCUAGCUGCUAAUGGCGGCAACACUGCGACAGCAAAUCAAAUUCAAACCCUGACAAACGCCAACGUAGCACUCGCCGCCGCUCAGGCCGCUCUUACAACCGCCCAAACCGCUUUGACCGCCGCCGUUGCUGCUGCUGGUACCGGUCUCUCCGCAGUGGGCGCCAGCACAAAUGCUACUGGAGUCAUCACGGCCACUUGUCUUUACGAUUCUCUUCUCAUCCCCGGUGCUCGGGACUCUACGAAUGUUGAAGCCGAUCGAUACUGUGGCGACGCUCUCAAUCCUGCAUUCGUUCCAGUUGGAACUAGCGUUCAAGUUUGCACUCCUUUGAGGCCAUUCAAGAUGACCUACCGAACAGACAGCACUGAAGCUGCGAUAGCUGCUGGAAUGAAUAUCCUUCCUGCACGAGCUGAUACCAACAAUACUGGAUUCUGUCUCAACUUUCAGGAGAAAUAACAUCAAGAGCAACGACCAAAAGUAGGACUGUUUCACUAUACAACUAAAUGAAUUCCCAGAAUUCCCAAGUCCUUGUAGUGUCAAUUGUGUCUGGGUGGUGGCGGUUUUUUUUUAUUAUUUUGCGCUACUGUACUGACGACCAUUUUUAAUUUAUUAAAUUAUUUUCCUCUACGGUCCAAGUAGUCGCCAUUUCAGUUGUAUCAUUUGACUGACGAAGUUUCACAUUGAAAUAAAUCGAAUCGCUGGGCAUGAAA